AUGGUGCGUGGUCUCUUCUCCUGCUUCGGCCAUCUAUCCUCCUCGUUUGACGGCGGCACCAAACGACGCUUUCCACACUACUACGCCACCACCGCCACCAGUUAUCCGACUGCUGAUGAGUUGAUAAAAGGAGGACCGGUAGUGGUGGAGCUAUUCUCAUCGCAAGGAUGCGCCACGUCAAGAGAGGCGGAGAUGUUGUUCACGAGGCUAGGGAGGGGAGACUUCGAGCUAGAGGUGCCGGUAAUAUUAAUGGCGUAUCACGUGGACUAUUGGGAUUAUAACGGGUGGAAAGAUCCGUUCGGGUCGACCCAGUGGACGGUUAGACAAAAGAGUUACGUUGAGUCUUUUAAUCUCGACACCACGUAUACGCCUCAGGUAAUUGUUCAGGGUCGGACCCAAUGCAUCGCCAACGAUGAACGUGCUUUGCUCUCCACCAUUGCUGCUGCAACCCGAUACCCUACUCCGGCCUUUCAGGCCAAAUUCCGACGGCCGGCACCGGAAUCCUUACAAAUAUCCCUAACAGGAUCAUUAAGGGCGAAGGUAGACAGCAAAGGUGCAGACAUCAUGGUCUCACUUUUCGACAGUGGACUCAUCACCGACUGCCGGAAAGGCGCCAACCAAGGCCGAAUCCUCCCCAAUGAUUUCGUCGUUAGAAGGCUUCAAAAGCUCUGCUCCGUCAAGGACCUCUCGGAGAAAAAAACAGUCACAGGAACCGUCGAUUUCAAACUAUGGCCAGGUUUCAGCAGCAGUAAAUGUGCCAUGGCUGUGUUCAUCCAACAACACGGAUCUCGUCAUAUUUUCGGCGCUCAACGCUUUCACUUGCCUGAAAAUCUAUAAAAUCAU